ACAUCUUCUGAGGGCUCCGUGCAGGACGAAUACACAUAAAUUAGAUAUGGACUUGAACAAACUUUUGGAGAGAAUAAAUUAUGUUGGAUCUAUCGACGAAGUGAGUCUUAAGCUGUUGAAUGAACUUUGUAUAUCGAUUGUGUCUUCAAUACCUUACGAGACUUUGGAUAACUUUGGAGGCAAACAGCAACAGUUUGGCUUACAGAUCAUUUAUGAUAAAAUUGUAAACGACCAUAGAGGGGGCAAUUGCAUUGAUCUCAACAUUAUACUUCACUGGAUGUUGUCAAAAAUAGGAUUCAAUGUGGAAAUGUGUAUAAGUUAUGGUAUAGACAAAAAAAGUAACAGUUUCAUAGAGAAUAGCCCACAUAUGUGUUUGCUUGUGACUUUUGAUGACGGUCAGCGUUGGCUAACAGACGUAGGUUUUGGUGGAAUGGGAUUUGUAUUCCCGCUUGAAAUGAACCAACUCGCAGUGGAACAGUAUCAACCAAAUGGAAUAUAUAGGAUACGCAGAUAUGAUGAUGACAUUUUCUUCGCGGAGAAAAAACGACAAACGCAAUUAGAUUUACAUGGAAGUGUCAUCUCAUCCCGACGCUUCUCAACAAACCGGGCAGAUAGCGAAUGGAAUAUACUUUAUGGAUUCUCGACAAAGGCAAUGCAACUAGAAGACAUACGAAAAAUUUAUUUAUUACCGGGAAGAGAGCAUGCUUUUACAAGUGUCAACUGCGUGGCAAUAUUGCAAGACACACAUCACAGAAGAUUUCUAACUGGAAGUACUUUUAUAAAGAAACAAUACAUCGACCCAAUGACGAUACAAGUUGUCCAUUUACGUCAGUUAGAUAAAAAUGAACUGAAUAAAAUUCUUCAGUCUGAAUUCGGAAUUGUCCUAAACUUUGAGCUUCGGCCCAGAAGCGAACUUACAUGGAUUGCGGGAUGAAUGUAAUCUCGAUCAGUGCGCUGAAUUGAUAUUAAACUACUAACUGAUUUCCGUUUCCUGAUAAUUUAUGUAGGUACAUGUCCUGUGCUAGCGCAGAAUGUUUAACUUUAAAUUAAGCGAUUGACGUACUUGUUUAUUGUCUAUACUAUAGUAACCUACGAUAUUUGGAUAUAGACAAUAUAGACAAUAAAUAUAUAUAUUAAUCUUAACACAAACAGUAUUUCUGACAUUUUUUUAUAAUGUAUGGUGGGCGAGGAUCACCAUAUGGAAUUAACCUGAUUUUUAAACCAGUGUAACUUGUGUUGAAACGUGGAUUCCCAAGGAACCGUAUCAAUGUGUGACCAAGCUUAAAUAUUAUGACGUCUCCACAGGACUUAUAAUGCCAAUAAAACGCAAGUAUGCAGAACCCUUGCUUGAUGAAUUAAUUAAAUGCUACAUGCUAUAACAGAGUUUCCCCAAAACAUCCGUUCAUAAAUACCCCUUGAAAAAUUUAUAGAUCGCUUGUGGUAUCUCAAAAUUUUGUUCUUAUUUUGAUGGCUAAGCCCAACUUGCUCGGAUGCGCAACUUAUUUUUUAUAGCUAAGUAAAUAUAUCUUUCAAAUAUGCUACGUAACUUUAAAAUUGAUUAUUCUAAUUGAAUAUAAAAAUCUGUGUGAGAUUAAGCAAAAAUUACAAUCAAACUAAAAUGAUGCCGGCUGUAUCAAUACUAGCUUUGGCGAUGAAUGAGCCAUCAUUUCAGCAACAAGCUCAUUAGUGCCAGGUGAAACAUUAGCAAUAUUUAAUUUGAUUGUUAAAAAAAUCCCAGCAGUUCUUUAAAAAGCCUAUAUACACAUUCAGUAACAUUUUCCCUGGAAAAUAGUAAUUGAUUGGCAAGACUAGUGCUCUGUUGAUUUUAUUUUCAAUAUGGAGUAGAGACGUGAAUGUUGAGCAAAGGGGCCCAAACGCACAUUUAACACAUUUUUCUUGCUCGUUUUUUAAUCCAACAUUUUUUUGGUCUGUUUUCUGUCGUCUAUUAUUUAGCUAAGGAGUCUAUAAACUUAAACUUUCGAUGGUAUGUUCAACUACGUCGUAUUGAGAAGAAUGGUUGUCGUUAUGUUCACUUUCGCGGAUGCCGUCUGCAUUUUUGGGGGUUUGAAUUACAAAAAUCAAAACUAUCUGUAUGUUCAAUUGGAUUUCAAUAAAUGUGUAGU